AUGGACAAAAAAAUGGACGGUCAACAUGCAGCUGAAAGUUCGCAGGAGAAGCAGCUCAUAUGCCCGCAUGAAGCGUGUGGCGCUACUUUUUCCAAGCAGAGUGGGCUAAAGGACCUCGAAGCAAUCCACACCGGAGCUAGUCCUUGGCUGUGCACUGUGAGCAGCUGCGGUCGUCAAUUCACUCGGAAGUCGCGUCUCAGCCGUCACAUGAGGCAACAUGAUGGAGUUAAAGAAUUCCAGUGCAAGUUUGCCCAUUGCACCGAGCGUUUUUUCCAGGCAGACAAGCUCAAGAAACACUUGUGCUACUCCCACGGUGAGAAAGACGAGUACUUCAAGUGCACUGAGGCGGGAUGUUCAAUGACCUUUAAGAAGAGAUGUCUCUUCAAGGUGCACCUUCAAGAACACGGUCUGGUCACCAAGUUCAAGUGUUCUAAAGAGCAAUGCGGCGCCGCAUUUGACUCACGCGCAGCCCGCAAAGCCCACGAGAAGAAGCAUGCAGGUUAUCGCUGUCUAGAUACAAACUGCCAGGUGAUUGCUUCCACUUGGAGCAUGCUUCAGAAGCACAUGGUUAAACACCCAUCGACAUUUACAUGCCAAGUGUGUGAAAAGGCAUUCAAGCAGGCCAGCGCGCUGCGACGUCAUAGGCGGAGCCACGCCACACACAAACCGGUGUUGAUGUGCCCUCGCGACGACUGCCAGGCGUAUUUCUCCACUACUUUCAACCUGCAGCACCACAUCCGCAAGGUGCACCUGGAGCUCUUCAAAUACAAGUGCUCCUUCCCAGAAUGCCUGCGCACCUUUGCCAUGCGGGAGAGCAUGCUCAGACAUCAGCUUCGUCAUGACCCAAGUGCCAUCAGACAGAAGAAACGCCCUCGCAUGAGGAAGUGGUGGCAAAAGCGUCUGGAUGGCCGUUGCCUCCCCCUGGUGGAGGACAACCUCAACAAGCUGUUUGCGCAGCGCAUGCGCAUAUCCCGCCGAGCCAAAGUGGAGGUCAACCUAUCGGGCCUGUUCAACGAGCGUAAGAUCCCGCAUUACGUGGACCCGGAAGUCAACCUGCGCCAACUGUUCAGCAUCAAGAGGCCGCCUGUCAAUGAGGUGGCGCCAUUAAAGGGUUAA